AUGGUUCUUAUCGAGGAUGUGGAUGAGGAGGAGGAAAGAGAGGCUCUGAAGGCAGCAGCCAAGGCAGCUUCGCAGCAAUGGAGGCGAAUUCAGGUUGUCCAGGAGGACUCGGAUGAUGACGCGCCAGUUGCGCCAGCAGCAUCCGAGCAAUCUGUACAGCACUCCGGCGUGUCUGACCCCUGCCCUGACCUGUCAAUCCUGUGCAGCAGAGCCGGCGCAGAAGAAGCGAAGCGCCACGGCAAUCGUCUUUUUGGUGAGGGAAAAGUGGCAGAAUGCGAAAGGUGGUUCAGCAAGGCCCUGUGGCUGUACGAGUCCGGGAGAGUGAGGGACUUCCCAGGCGACCUGCGAUGUGCCUUGCACUCCAACAGAGCGCUGGCACGGCUGAAGCUGCAGCGUUUCAGGGAUGCGGAGGAGGACUGCAGCGCAGCCCUCGAGGACAACCCGCAGAAUGCCAAGGCGAGGUACCGCCGUGCCAUGGCUCGCUUGGAGCUGGGGAAGCUGGUGCCCGGCCUCGAGGACGUGGAGAGAGCGCUCAAGGAGCUGCCGGAGGACUCGCGCCAGGAAGCACAAGACCUGAAAGUGCGCAUCCAGGAGCAAUUGGCAACUCCUGAAGGCCCUGCGGGGACUGCAAAGCAGCCCACCCCCAAAGGCCGAGAGAAGAAAGAGCCAACGAAGGCUGAGGAUUCAGGCUACAAACGAAUUCAUGUCAAAGAAGUGGAUGAAGACAAGAAGGAAGCAUCGAAGCCGGAAACGACGGCCGAGAAGACGCACGUCAACGGCCAUGCACAGCAAGAGCCGUACCCUGACAUCCAAUUGGAGCCCACCAUGCAAGGGGCAGAGAAGGCGAAGCAGCGCGCCAACGAGUUGUUUCAGAAAGGCAGCCUGGAGGAGUCUGCCAGGUGGUUCUCCAAGGCCAUUUGGCUGCUUGAGUCCGGCAAGGUUCCUGGGGCCACUGCCUCGUUGCGCUCCGUUCUCCACUCCAAUCGUGCGUUUGCUCGCUCGAAGCUGCAGCAGUGGACGGGAGUGGAGGAGGACUGCACCGAGGCUUUGGCGCUGAAUGAGAGCAAUGCCAAGGCACUCUACCGUCGUUCCCAAGCCCGCUUGGAGCUCAACAAGCUCGAUGCAGCCCUGGAAGACGUGCAGCAGCUCUUGCCACUGCUGGCUGCGCCGGCCGAUCAGGAGGCUCAGGAUCUGAAGAAACGCAUCCUUGAGCAACAGGCCAAAGCAAAGAAGACGUUGGAGAAGGCCAAGGAGGCGUCGGUCAAGGCGGAGCAGCGAGAUGAUGCCAAGGCUCCGCCACCUGCGGGCUUCAAGCGCAUGGAAAUCGUAGAGGCCAGCGACUCCGAGGAGGAGGAGGAGACUAAGGCUCCCACCAAAGUGGAGGCGCCCAAAGCGACACCGACCUCUGAGAAGGCCCCGCCACCUGCGGGCUUCAAGCGCAUGGAAAUUGUAGAGGCCAGCGACUCCGAGGAGGAGGAGACUAAGGCUGCCGCCAAAGUGGAGGCGCCCAAAGCAGUGUUAACAUCAAGCCAAGACCAGAAGGACAAAGAGAUGUUUCCCGAGCUCAAGUUUGAGUUCAGCCGCAAGGGUGUGGAGGCUGCAAAAAAUACCGGCGGCCAGCUUUUUAGCAAGCAGGACCUGCAGGGAGCGUCGCGACACUUCUCCAAGGCCCUGUGGAUGCUGCAGUCGGGCAAGGUUGCGGAUGCUCAGAGCGACGCGUCCUGGUGCAAUGCCACCCGCUUGGCGCUGCAUUCGAACAGGGCCUUCUCCGAGCUACGACAAGAGAAUUGGAAGGCGGCAGAGGACGACUGCACAGAAGCAUUGAAGAUUGAUCCGAAGGCAGUCAAGGCGCUGUACCGCCGGGCCAUGGCUCGAGAAAAGAUGGGCCGCGCCGCGGAAGCCUUGAAGGACGCUGACGAAGCUCUUAAGCUCCAGCCGGGGGCGGAGGAGCUUGUGACUCUUCAGAAGCGGCUGAAGGCAGCUGAGACCCCUGCACCGCAGCCCAAGUCACCAGAAGAUCAAUCGCAGAAAACAGCCCCGCCACCCGCGGGCUUCAAGCGCAUGGAGAUUGUAGAGGCGAGCGACUCUGACGAGGAGGAGCCAGCACAGACUGCCCCCGCCAAAGUGGAGACAGCGAAGGCGACUCCGACCUCUGAGAAGGCCCCACCUCCCGCGGGCUUCAAGCGCAUGGAGAUUGUAGAGGCGAGCGACUCGGACGAGGAGGAGCCAGCAAAGACUGCCCCCGCCAAAGUGGAGACAGCGAAGGCGACUCCGACCUCUGAGAAGGCCACGAAGGACCAAGACUUUCUUCCGGAGCUCAAGUUCGAGUUCAGCCGCAAGGGAGUGGAGGCUGCCAAGAAUACCGGCGGCCAGCUGUUUAGCAAGCAGGACCUGCAGGGAGCGUCGCGACACUUCUCCAAGGCCCUGUGGAUGCUGCAGUCGGGCAAGGUUGCAGAUGCUCAGAGCGACGUGUCCUGGUGCAACUCCACCCGCUUGGCGUUGCAUUCAAACAGGGCCUUCUCCGAACUGCGACAAGAGAAUUGGAAGGCGGCAGAGGACGACUGCACAGAAGCAUUGAAGAUUGAUCCGAAGGCAGUCAAGGCGCUGUAUCGCCGGGCCAUGGCUCGAGAAAAGAUGGGCCGCGCCGCGGAAGCCUUGAAGGACGCUGACGAAGCUCUUAAGCUCCAGCCGGGGGCGGAGGAGCUUGCGACUCUUCAGAAGCGGCUGAAGGCAGCUGAGCCCCCAGCGCAGCCCAAGUCACCAGAAGGUCAGUCGCAGAAAACAGCCCCACCACCUGCGGGCUUCAAGCGCAUGGAGAUUGUAGAGGCGAGCGACUCUGACGAGGAUGAGCCGGCAAAGACUGCCGCCGCCAAAGUGGAGGCAGCCACGGCGCCUCCGACCUCUGAGAAGGCCCCACCACCUGCGGGCUUCAAGCGCAUGGAGAUUGUAGAGGCGAGCGACUCUGACGAGGAUGAGCCAGCAAAGACUGCCCCCGCCAAAGUGGAGGCAGCCAAGGCGACUCCGACCUCUGAGAAGGCCCCACCACCUGCGGGCUUCAAGCGCAUGGAGAUUGUAGAGGCGAGCGACUCUGACGAGGAGGAGCCAGCAAAGACUGUCCCCGCCAAAGUGGAGGCAGCCAAGGCAACUCCGACCUCUGAGAAGGCGACCAAAGACCCAGAGAUGCUUCCAGAGAUGCUUCCAGAGCUUACGUUUGAGUUCAGUCGCAAGGGAGUGGAGGCCGCAAAGAGUGCCGGCAGCCAGCUCUUCAGCAAGCAGGACCUGCAGGGAGCGUCGCGACACUUCUCCAAGGCCCUGUGGAUGCUGCAGUCGGGCAAGGUGGCAGAUGCGAGCGACGUGUCCUGGUGCAACUCCACCCGCUUGGCGCUGCAUUUGAACAGGGCCUUCUCCGAGCUGCGACAAGAGAACUGGCAGGCAGCAGAGGACGACUGCGCAGAAGCGUUGAAGAUCGAACCGCAGGCGGUCAAAGCGCUGUACCGCCGGGCCAUGGCUCGAGAAAAGAUGGGCCGCGCCGCGGAAGCCUUGAAGGACGUCGAAGAAGCUCUGAAGCUGCAGCCGGGGGCAGAGGAGCUUUUGGCACUGCAAAAGAAAUUGAAGGACGUACCAAGAGUGCAGACGCCACCAGGUUUCAAGCGCAUGGAGAUCGUGGAAGCUAGCGACGAUGAAGAUGAGCAGGAGACAGCAUUGCCGAGUCCAUCUCCAAAGGGGAAGGCAAUGCCCGCCGAGCCUCCCGCACCGAAGUCGCAAAACGGCCAAGUGCAGACAUCAGCGGCUCCAGAUCCAGAGAUGUUCCCGGACCUCAAGUUUGAGUUCAGCCGCAAGGGAGUGGAGGCCGCAAAGAGUGCCGGCAGCCAGCUCUUCAGCAAGCAGGACCUGCAGGGAGCGUCGCGACACUUCUCCAAGGCCCUGUGGAUGCUGCAGUCGGGCAAGGUGGCAGAUGCGAGCGACGCGUCGUGGUGCAACUCCACCCGCUUGGCGCUGCAUUCGAACAGGGCCUUCUCCGAACUGCGACAAGAGAACUGGCGGGCAGCAGAGGACGACUGCACAGAAGCGUUGAAGAUCGACCCACAGGCGGUCAAGGCGCUGUACCGCCGGGCCAUGGCUCGAGAAAAGAUGGGCCGCGCCGCGGAAGCCUUGAAGGACGUCGACGAAGCUCUUAAGCUGCAGCCGGGGGCAGAGGAGCUUGUGGCGCUGCAGAAGCGGCUGAAGCCCGCGCCAAAGGCUGAGACAGGCUUCAAGCGCAUGGAGAUUGUGGAGGCCAGCGAUGAUGAUGAGGCUGGGCCUCCAGCUGACUCGGAGCCCUGCGAGCCGUGGGAUGAGCUGGAGCCAACACUAGCAGGGGUAGAGAAGGGCAAAGAGAUGGGAAACAGGCUGUUCAGCGAAGGCAAGAUUGAGGAAUGCGAGAGGUGGUUCUCCAAAGCAAUAUGGCUGGCAGAAGAGUCUGGCAAAGUCAACGUGCCAAGUGACCUCAGGGGCAUCUUGCACUCGAACAGAGCCUUCGCCCGGCUGCGUCUGCAGCAAUGGCUCCUGGCAGAGGAGGACUGCACCCAGGCGCUGGUGCUGAACGCUAGCAACUCCAAGGCUUUAUACAGACGAGCACAGGCAAGGCUGGAGCUUGGCAAGAGGUCCAUGGCCCUGGAGGACGUGGACAAGCUGCUGCCCAUGCUGGCUCCCCCAUCAGACAGGGAUGCCCAGGAGCUGCGGGAGCGGAUUCUGGCGCUGCCAGAGAGCCCGGCAAAGAAAGCAGAGAUGUUCCCAGACCUCCACUUCGAGUUCAGCCGCAAGGGUGUGGAGGCUGCAAAAGAUGCUGGCAGCCAGCUCUUCAGCAAACAGGACUUGCAGGGAGCAUCGCGACACUUCUCCAAGGCGCUGUGGAUGCUGGAGUCGGGCAAGGUGGCAGAUGCUGAGAGUGACGCGUCCUGGUGCAACUCCACCCGCUUGGCGCUGCAUUCCAACCGGGCCUUCUCCGAACUGCGGCAAGGGAACUGGCAAGCAGCCGAGGAGGACUGCACGGAAGCCUUGAAGAUCAACCCGCAGGCGGUGAAGGCGCUCUAUCGGCGGGCCAUAGCGCGGGAAGAGUUGGGCCGCAAGGAAGAGGCCUUGAAGGACGCAGAGGCCGCUCUGGCGCUGCAGCCGGGUGAGGAGCUUGUGGCUUUGCAGAAGCGACUAAAGGCUGCAACAGAGACCCCAGGCGUCGAGGCUGUCAAGCGCACGGAGACCGAAGCCAAGGCACCGAGCGCAUCCCCGACCCCGAAGGAGGCUCCUGAGCCAGAGCCGUUUGAUGACAUCAAGCUCGAGCCCACGCUGGCAGGGGUCGAGAAGGGCAAAGAGAUGGGCAACAAGCUCUUCAGCGCAGGCAAAUUCGAAGAAUGCGAAAGGUGCUUUUCGAAGGCCCUUUGGCUGGCACAGGAGUCUGGUAAGGUCAAGGCUCCCAACGACAUCAGGGGCAUCCUGCAUUCAAAUCGAGCGUUCGCUCGCCUGCGGCUGCAACGCUGGUCCGACGCGGAGAAAGACUGCGACGAGGCGCUUCGGCUGAAUGAGCGGAACGCGAAGGCGUUAUACCGCCGAGCUAUGGCGAGGCAGCAGCUUGAGAAGCCCAAAGCAGCCUUAGCAGAUCUCGAGCAGCUCUUGCCGAUGCUGGAUGGGAACAGCAACAAGGACGCACUGGCGCUCAAAGAGGAGCUGCUGGCGCAGCUAAGACCAAGCUCGCCCAAGGCACUGCAGAAGGAGGCGGCGAAGCCCGCGGAGGCGCAGCGGCCCGCCUCGGCACCGGUACGCACAGUCUCCGCAGCGCCAUCCAUGCCAAGCACCAGCCCAAAGAGCGGCAUGGAGCUGCUUCGUCAGUUCAAGUCUCUGAAGAAGCAUCCAGAAGUUCUCACCAAGUACGUCACAGAGAAGGUGCCACCAUCUUUGCUCCAGAGCCUCUUCAGCAGAUCACCGAUCGAGGCUGAUGACUUGGCCCUUGUUCUGCAGACCUUGAGGACUGCAGCCAGUGCUGCAGAGCCGCUGCCGGGCCCUCGCGUGGGCGAAUACUUGCAGCAGCUUUUGAGGACACACGGGGCUGGCACCCAGUUUUCUAUGCUUAGCUCCUCGGAGAAGCAGUUGGUGCGCGAGCUCGUGGCCAUGGUGCCCGGGUCUUCUGGAGAUGACCUGAAGCAGAGCUUCACCAAAGUGCUGUGAAGGCAGGAGAACAACAUUUUGCAUGCCCUUUCCUGAACAGAGUGCUGUCGCAGCCAGCUGAUUUCAAUAGAUGUAGUUAGGCACCAUGACCCAGCCAGAGCAAAGUGGGGCAGCUACAUGGCCUGCACCGAUUUUAGCUGUUCUAAAACGCCCCGCACAAGUGCUGUCGUGGCCGGUCGUGGUUUUUGUAUGCAUGGUGCAAGACAAAGGGCGUGCUCGAAGUACGCUGGCAAAGACCUGUGCAUGGACGCGCACAUGGCCUCUCCAACAGAUCCAGUGCUUGUGUUCCAUCAAACAAUUCCCAUCCGUAGACAUCCCAAUGGGUGCUGAGCUGUUGGUGGCGGUAAGUGCAUCGCAGAGC